AUUUAAAACAACACAAAAAGAAUACUAAUGCAAUACUCAUGUUUUGAUAUUUCAACUUUUUUACAAGUUCUUAUUUUUAAAAAUCUUGCAAUCAAGAUCUGAAUCACUUACGAUUUCCAAUUGAACCUUAUCGCAUUCCAAAUCCCAUUGAAUAUAAAAUUAGGCAAUAAAACCUCGUAUCAGUCAUUUUAACUCGUACAUUGAACUCAUCAUCAAAUGCAUAUUUAUGAGUUAUUAGACUUCCUAAAACAAGCACUAAGAGCAAAUUGACGUUUUUAUCAAAGUCGUUUACAGCUGUAAAAGUAUCACCGUUUUAUUUAAAAUCGCUACACAUAACAACGAACGAUCCGGGUUUCAAUAUGGCGGUCACCGUCUUCACGCGACCGUUAGGUACCUACAUACUACGCCUCGAAUUUUUCUUAGGCAUUAUCACACUUGUGCGGAAAAGUAGUUACCGGUGCGCGAUCGCAUCCGCACUCAUUUUAUACAUUUUCGGUCGGCACUCCAGUGUAAUGGCGAUACCUGGUACAAAGAUAGCUGUCAUAUAGAUAUGUGGGGAAUCAUUAUUGACUGAUCGAAUCGCAAAAUUGUCGUGCGGAAGGGACCCGAAUAGCUUUACACGUGUCGUGACAUCACACACGGCUCCUAAUUGCCGUGCUUGCAAAUAUACUGACGGUGUUUUUUCUACAUUGUGAGCUUUGAGCCCGCCUUCACCGUACUUUUUGUGGUUGCGGCGUAUUUAAAUUACGCUUCAUAUUCUAAUUUUUUUUAACUAUUAAAAAUAAACUUUUUUUCUUAUUAAAAGCUGCAACGUGGCUGAACAUCGAAUUAAAAAAAUAUCAAGAUAACUGAUACCGUCGAAAUUUUUUUUCGUCGAAACUAUGCUGGAAUUAAAUUUGAAGUUUUAAUGUACAAAUUAAAUUCAUACGUAUCAAUAACUUCAUCAUAAUUAACCAUUGUUUCUCUUUUUACCACUACUCCUUCAAUGUUCCUACUUUGGGUCCAAAGUAUCUUCUUUUUGUUCCAGCUUCACAACGCAGUCUUAACCGCAGCAGGAAAUAUGCAGUCCUGGUGGUCGUUGUACCUAUUGGCUGUCUUCAUGCUUGGUUUAGAUUCAAAGCUUGCAGGGCAAGCCUUCCAGCCAGAAUUUGUAGAGCCAAUUACAAAUUUAACUGUAGCCAUUGGACGGAAUGCUACAUUUAGGUGUCUAGUGCAAAACCUCGGGGGUUACAGGGUGGGAUGGGUGAAGGCAGACACGAAGGCAAUUCAAGCAAUACACGUGCACGUUAUAACUAACAACCAUAGAGUGGGAGUGUCCCACAACGGACAAACGGUCUGGAAUCUUCACAUCAGGAACGUCCAAGAAGAAGACCGGGGCCAGUAUAUGUGCCAAAUUAAUACAGAUCCAAUGCAAAGUCAGAUGGGCUAUCUGGACGUGGUGAUCCCUCCAGACUUUAUUUCCGAAGAGACGUCGAGCGACGUCAUGGUUCCAGAGGGCGGAACCGUACGCGUUUCGUGUCGCGCGCGCGGCAUUCCUGCCCCAAUGGUGGUGUGGCGCCGCGAGGACGGCGCGGACAUUGUACUUAGGGAUCAGUAUGGAGGGAAAAAUAAAGUGAACAUGUACAAAGAAGAGGUAUUGACUCUGAGUAAAGUCUCCCGGUCGGACAUGGGCGCCUAUCUCUGCAUAGCGAGCAACGGCGUUCCCCCCACCGUGAGCAAGAGGAUACUGAUCAAAGUGCACUUUCACCCAGUGAUCCAAGUGCCGAACCAGCUAGUGGGUGCUCCGCUGGGCACUGACGUCACGCUCGAGUGCUACGUCGAGUCCUCGCCCAAGUCCAUUAACUACUGGGUCAGAGAUUCAAAUGAAAUGGUGAUAUCGUCCAAUAAGUACGAAGUGGUGAACACGGCGCUGAGCUCAUUUGAGAGCCGCAUGGCGCUGACGGUGAGGCGGCUGACCGCGGCCGACGUCGGCGGCUACCGCUGCGUGGCCAAAAACUCUUUGGGAGAAGUUGACAGCGUCAUCAGACUGUAUGAAAUACCUGGACCAACCGCACGGAACACCAGUCCCGCGACGAGCAAAGAAGAAUACAAAUACUCAACACCCAUGGAAGGCCCUGACGAUCAAUUCGGAUCGGCGGACAGAUCCGACGACGAAGAAGAUAAAGACGCCAUCUACUACGCCACGGAAAGGGCACACAACAUUCGAACCGUUCUCGAAAAUACCACAAAGAACCGUUCUUUUGUUUUUCCUCCUUCGGUAAAACAAAAACUUAGCAACAAAGUUAGUAAAAUAUUAAACCAAUUAGAAAUAGAAGACUCGGAUUUCGAACUCAAUAGGAGCAGUAAUUACAAACAAAUUAUUUCAGUAGCCUUUACUGUCUUUAGUGUAGCUAUCAGUUUACUAAAUGGGUAAAAUUAUAUUUAUGCUUUCGUGUACCUACUCAUCAAUGAUCUCGAGUAUUUGGUAAUCUUGUUGCAUUUUUAUGAAGCGCAGUGUUCUAGUUUGUUGCAAAUCAGUACAUGUUGCCAAUUUAGUCUGUUUCUGAUUAAACAUUCAUUUAUUGAUUGAAUUAUUUAAAAGCAGUGUUU